GGAAAAUACUGUGCAGCCUGCAGACUCUGCAGGCAGGUGGAAGCACAAUCACCCUCAGAAUGGCUACUGUGGGUGUGGAUCAUUUGAUUGUUCCAAAGGAGAGUCUAACGACCCCAGCCUCUGUCUCUUAAGGAGUUUAAAACCUCAAAUAUUAGAUGUCUGUGAAGGCUAGCAUCUGAAGAAUUCAAGCUUCUGCACCCAGUGAUCUUUUGCUGUGGGCAGCAGUGGUCCAGAGGCUCAGAUACAUGAGUUUUGGACUUUCCAUCCCAGGGUCAGGAUGCUGCCCCUGUGCCAGGCCCUAGCGGUAGCAGUUCUUCAAAUCUUUAUCUUCUCAGAAAACUGGACAUUUGCCAAGAACAUCAACUUCUAUAAUGUGAGGCCUCCUCUCGACCCCACACCAUUUCCAAAUAGCUUCAAAUGUUUUACCUGUGAAAACGCAGGGGAUAAUUAUAACUGCAAUCGAUGGGCAGAAGACAAAUGGUGUCCGCAAAAUACACAGUACUGUUUGACAGUUCAUCACUUCACCAGUCAUGGGAGAAGUACAUCUAUCACCAAAAAGUGUGCCUCCAGAAGUGAAUGUCAUUUUGUGGGCUGCCACCACAGCCGCGAUUCUGAACAUACGGAGUGUAGGUCUUGCUGUGAAGGAAUGAUCUGCAAUGUGGAGUUACCCACCAACCACACCAACGCGGUCUUCGCUGUAAUGCAUGCUCAGAGAACAUCGAGUGGCAGUGCCCUCACGCUCCCUCUACCGUUACUUGCCUGCAUCUCCGUGCUCCUGUGGCUAUGACAUUGUGUCUAGGUGAGGCAGAGACCAGUCCUAUGAAGCACUAGCUAAAAACUGCAUGAACAAUGAACUUCUGAGUGAAGAUGUAUCUUGCACAUGGUGAAGCGUGUACGUUGGACCCACAGCAAAGAUCCCAUUGUUUGCACAGCAGAAUUGCUCUGCAUAAGGCCACAAAAUUGAGAAAAGAGGGCUGGGCAGGCUGAGGAUUUUUUUCUGGCACCAGCUUCCUAUUCAAAUGGGCUGUACUUUGUCACUUCUAAGGGACGGGCCCUACAGCAUGUAGUUGUUUGUCUCUGCCUUACCAGGACAUUAGCUGGAAGGACUUCUGGACCUCACUGACUCAUAGAGGCUGCUGGGUUAGAUUCUUUCAUAUCUGUGCUUAACCCAGAGUGUCUGAGAUCUCACUUUUACCCAGUGAGAAAGCAGUUUCCCCACGAACUGGAUAAUCCAUGGGGAAGACAGCUGUAGGAAGAAAACCCACUUGCUAAUUGUGGGGAGAAAUAAAGCUUUUAACUUAUAUAAUGUAAGAUGCAUGCUUGUUUCUUGCUGACAUGGAGAGCUCGGAACCCAUUUCUGGUGUCAUAAAGGAGGUGACUGAGAAUUUGUGGGUGAUAUAUUCUGGCUUAAAGUAUCAGACUUCAUGCCAAGGUAACUUAAGUUUUUUCUUUGUGGGGAAGUACACUGAACUGGAAAAGACAAACAUGGCGGAUGUUGGUGACUAGAGGGCCCGGUAUACAAUGCACAACUUGAGCUCUCCCAAUUCGAUCUUAGGACUCCAUGUGGUGUUUCCAACAUAAUUUAAAUCACUAGAAUAAAAAUUCAACUAGAAUCUAGUACAUGGAUUUUUUCUUUAGGUCCAUUAUAUUAGGGACCUGGAAUGCCAUGUGUCCCAGACCUCAGACUAAUUUAAUUUGGCAUCACAAUGUCCAAUGAGAAUUGGUGUUGUGAAGGCAGGAAAGGAAGAGAAUAUGCAGACUGGUUGUUAGAAAGGAGAUAAGGGGAUAAGCUAUGCCUAUGAGGAGGAAAUGGCCUGUCAGAGGUGCAUUAUUUAAUAAAUCUACAUUUUAAAAUAAAAUUUGAGUUCUCAUCCAUCAGUCAUUUUCUGGGGGAUAAAUGCAUUGAAAUGAACAAUUUCCAUUAGUAACCAGGUAUGCGGAAAUUUUUUCCUAAAUUCAACCCUGAGUGAAGUUAGCAGUCAGAAGUUAAAGGCAUUUUCCACACAAUCUGUAUUCUGACAGGCCAUUCAUUGGAAAACAAAAGGGAAGGAGGUAAGUGGGUCUCUUUUACAGUGAGGAAACUUACAAAGAGCCAUGAAGAGUGUGAAAUGAGCAAUAUUUAGUGGUAGGACUUGAAGUGAAGUGGGCAGAGAAUCCAGAAAAUAGAUUUCACAUUUGUGAAAUUACUAACUCUUGCCAAAUGUUUGUGACAUGUAGAGUAUCAUCUUAUACAAUUUUUCUGACCUUUGAAUCUUGGACAUUUUAUUUUUCACUUUGUUGUCUGCUUUGAUUUGUGGAGGGGCCAUGGUGAUACUGGAUAUGUCUCACUGUAAAUUUGCCAGAAGACAAAGGCUAGGAGCAUGAAGGCGAAAGUCGUAGAGACUGGGAAGUCAUAACUGAAGCCUCCUUACAGGCACAGUUCCAUUGUGACACAGCCCACCAGCUUCUAGCACCCUUCCCUUCUCUCCCUUGCCUCAUAAUUCUGUCUCCUUGGAAGUCCUCUCCCUCACUGCUUUGGCUUCUGUUUCAUCAGUCUUUGGUGUCUUUGGGGUAACCCACAUGGUGGAAGAACUACGAUUUUGGCUGUGAAAAUGACUUUUAUAAGUCAAGCCCAGGAAUACUAUGAGGCAAGUCAGGGAAUCUGCAUUUUUAACAAGCAUCUGAGCAUGAUACUGUUGAUUACAGAACUGAAGAUACUGGAGGGGGAGAGGAGAGAAGUGACAGCAAAGUCAGGAGAGAGCACAAUGGACAAUAAAGGUGGACUAUGGGUGAAAUGCUGAGGGCAUCAUUUCAGAAAUAAUGUGGGGACUCAGCAUAAGGCCUUAGUAACUUAAGUCAAGCACAUCAUAAGGUCUGGAAUCAUACAAUACAAAGAAGAAAACAUGGACAAAACACUUUACAGCAUACGCUUCAGUGAUGUAUUUGUGGAUUUGUCUCCAACAGCAGGGAAAACAAGAGAAUAGAAACAACUGGAACUACAUCAAGUGGAAGAGCUUCUACACAGCAAAAGAAACCAUAACUGAAACAAAAUGACACUAAAGGGGGGCAAUAUUUGCACAUCACACAUGACAAGGGACUGAUAUCAAAGAUCCACAAAGAAACUCGUAAAAUUCAACAGCAAAAACCAGUAACAAUGGUCAGAACUAAAGUGUUUCUCCAAAGAAAAUAUAUAGAUGGCCAUCAGAUCAAAAAAUGCUGAUCACUUAUUUCCAGAGAAAUGAAAGCCAAAAGCACAGGAGACACAAUCUCAUACCUGAGAGGAUGGCCCAUAUCAAACAACCAAAAACAAGUGCUGGUGAGGAUGUGGAGAAAAACUCUUACACACUGGUGGGAAUGUACACUGGUCAAAACAUAUGGAGGCUUCUGAAUAUUAAAAAUAGAUCUCUUAGACAAUCCAGCAAUCCACAAAUAGGUAUUUACCCAAAGAAUAUUGACAUCUACUCUUGUGUUCAUUACAGCAUGAGUUCUAAAAGCCAAGUUAUGUCCAAAUACAAAUGAGUGGAUCACAAAGAUGUGAGAUAUAUAUAUAUAGUGGAAUACUAUUCGGCCAUCAAAAGGGAUAAAUUUGCCAUUUGUGGCAGACAACAUGAAUGAAGAUGAAGGGGAUUAUGCUAAAGGAAAUAAGCAGGAGAAAGAUAAAUCCCAGAUAUUGUGAAGUAUAGGAAAACCAAAGAGUCAGAUAAAACCAAAAGCAAUUAAUUUUAUAAAAUGGACUAUAGAACUGAAGAUACUGGAGUGGGAGAAGAGGAGAGGAGUGACAGCAAAGUCAGGAGAGAGCACA